ACCAGGCCUGGCUGUGUUUGUCAUGACCCACCAGAGUACAUAACAGGGCAAAAUGCUGGGCUUGUCUGUGAAAACUCCAUAGGCGCAGCUGAUGCAGCCCUGGGAAAUGCAGUCACAGGUUUUUGAGGGGUGGCCAUCUGCCCUGAAGGAGCUCAGAGCUUCCCCCGCCCAGCCCAGCCCUGUCACCAGCUCAAGCCUCCAGCUGAUCCCUGGGUCACAUGCUGGAGGAGCUCUGUCAUUCUCUCAACCCUGAUCCCUUCGGGCACCACUCACUGCAGCUCAGCCAUGGCCAAGGCGGCUCCACGCACUGUGCUUAUCACCGGCUGCUCCUCGGGCAUCGGGCUGCGCAUGGCUGUGCAACUGGCGCAGGACCCAAGCAAGCGAUUUCACGUCAUUGCCACCAUGCGCGACCUGCGCAAGAAGGACAAGCUGGAGGCAGCUGCUGGGGACACACUCAACAAGACCCUCAGCAUCCAGCGCCUUGAUGUCUGCAAUGAUGAGUCUGUGGCUGAGUGCAUCAACAGCCUUCCUGAGAAACGACUGGAUGUUCUGGUGAACAAUGCCGGUGUGGGGCUCGUUGGGCCUGUAGAGUCCAUUUCCAUCGAUGACAUGAAGCGCAUCUUUGAGACCAACUUCUUUGGUGCCAUCCGCAUGAUCAAAGCUGUUCUCCCUGAAAUGAAGCAAAGACGGAGAGGACACAUUGUAGUUAUCAGCAGCGUCAUGGGAUUGCAAGGUGUCCCCUUCAAUGAUGUGUAUGCUGCCUCCAAGUUUGCCAUGGAAGGUUUCUGUGAAAGCCUAGCUGUGCAACUCCUCAAAUUCAACAUUUUCAUCUCCAUGGUAGAGCCUGGUCCAGUCAACACAGAAUUUGAGAUGAAACUGAUGGAGGAAGUGGCCCGCUCUGAGUUCCCGGGAGCCGAUGCUGCCACCGUGCGGUACUUCAAGGAGGUCUAUCUUCCGGCCUCCCAUGAGAUAUUCACCACCAUGGGCCAGACCCCUGAGUAUGUGGCUAAGGCUGUUGUGAACGUCAUCGCCAAGGAGCGCCCUCCUUUCCGAACACAGACGAACACCCUAUACACGCCACUGGUGGCCCUGAAGUAUGCAGACACCUCAGGGGAUCUGUCCGUUGGCACCUACUACAACCUGCUUUUUCGCUUCACAGGCCUCUUCCACCUCAGCAUGAGCUUCCUCAAAUGCAUCACAUGCAGCUGUUUCCGGCGCCGGGUCACACCUGCUUGAGGUCAGGGUGGGUGAGGCCCUGAUGGCAGCAGAGCCUCACUUCUUCCCACUGCCCUGCUAAGGCUAUGUCGGAUGACCAGAGACAUUCUGCAACAAAUCAGUCCACUCCCAUGUUUUAAAGCUACCAGGUUCUGGUGAAUUUACAGAUAAGGAAUGUGUGCUGGGAAGGAAUUAAAGACAACAGGUCCUUUGGGGUGUGAGUAGGGAUGUCAGAGCUUUCCAACAGAAAAAGGAGCAGGACUUGCCAAUGUUUGUUUACUUGUCCCAUGUUUGAACAGAAAUCAACCCAGCGAAUGCCAUUGGGAUUUGCUGUUGUUAUUGCUUUCAGUCCUCAAAUGAUACAUAAUUGAUUACAUUUCCCUCUAUUUGCAUUGAAAUGAACAGGGUAGAAUAAUGUAACAGCAACAUACUUUAUGUAAUUAAGUGCAUAAAUUAUGUGAGUCGCAUAAUUUCACCACAGCAGACAGCAAGACCAAUAGCACAGUUUGCGGCAGAAGGUAAACUGCAGCAGAAUGCAGCCGUGCUGCAUGCGACAAACACAGGGUGGAAUGUUGCCUCCAGUGAAGUUUGAAAUAAAUCCAGGACAAAAACGAG